AUGAAUGACACAGGCAUGGAUAAUAAUGCCGAUGGAGAAGAUUACAUUGAUCGAUUGGGUUAUUUUCUUCCGUUACAACGAUCAUUGACAUCACUUGAACGACUUUUAAUUCUAUUUAUUGCUUCAACAUUUGUUUCACUUGUUGGCUGUACUUUACUUUGUCUUAUUUGUCCUCGAUCACCUUUAAGACGAAAAUAUGAUUCGAAAAAUAAAUUAAAUCAAGAGAAAAAUAAUUUGGUGAAUACAACCAACGGAAAUUUAGUUAUCAUUCCGCCAUCACCACCAAGCUACGAAUCCAUUGAUACAGCUGAGAAUACUAUAGAUCUUAAUAAAUUAUCUAAGAGUCCAUAUUCACAUAUAAUAAGAAAAUCGUCCAAUGGAACAGUAUCUGACGGUGAUGGUAUUAUGCUACAUGAUAAUAAUACAUUAGAAAGAAAAGCUUAUCGUUCUCAAUCGGCUCGUCCAUCGUUAUCAAAUAGUGGUACACUACACCCGAUAAAUAAUAUCAAUCUAUCAGGUCCUUAUGCUCAAAUAAAUGUUGAGCUUGAAAUAAAUAUCCUCGAUAAUUCUCUUAAUGUUCAUUUAACUAAUGGUGAACAUUUUUUACGUCAUCCAGCAUUUGAUGAACCCACCGAAUAUUUUAUUCAUGUGCAAUUAUUAAAUAAUAAAAUGUUUAAAAAAUUCUAUGACGAACAAAAAAAACGUCGGUCAAGUUUGCCAUUAAAUGCAUGGAAAAAACAACAGGAAAAAGCAACAAAAGCUUUAUUACGGACGUUAAAUGAUACAUUGGCAUGUAAUGAACACAUGCAAUUUCAAUUGAAUAGGAAUGAUAUACCAUUGACAUCUGUUCGAUUUCUAUUGAUUUGUAUGGAUCGAUCUGGUUUGAAAGAUUUAAUGUUUGAAACAUUGCUUCCUUUAAAUCCAACCAUGAUACCAAAAUAUCAACAAAUAGUUGAAUUUAAAACUCUUCCUCAAGCUUAUUUUGGAGAACUUUCGCUUGGUAUAAGUUAUCUUCCAACUGCAGAACGAUUUACAAUUAAUAUUUACAAACUACGCUAUUUAUGUAAAAUAGAAAAAGACAAGACCAUCGAUGCUCGUAUAACAAUAACAUUAUUUCAUAAUGGUCGUCGUUUCUUUCAAAAGAAAAUUCCCAUAAGUCUGAACGGUUCUACCUCAGCUGAUUAUGAAAUAAAAGAUAGUAUCACGGAAAAUAUUCCACAAAAUGAUAUUCACUCUGUAUAUGUCCACGUUGAAUUCAAUUCAAAAGAUGACGCAUGUAUUUCUUCAACAUCAGUUCUACUCGGCAAUCGUACACGUUAUGAUACUGAUUGGCAUAAAAUGCUUGAAUAUCCCCGACAAACUCAUCAACGAUGGUAUCCAUUAUUUGGAUAA